UCAGACUUCAUGUUUAAAGUAUGAGCUGCUGGAAAAAGUACAUCUUACUUAUUUGCUAUUUUUAGUCUGCUCUUUGUUACUGGGGUGCAUGAUGUGUACAAGUACUGUGACAUCUGGGUCCUCUCUGUGUUUCUCUUUCUUUUCUUUAUCAGCACUUUUCACUGACUUUUUCUCAGCAAAAAAUAGCUUCACCGUGAACUCUGUCAUGAGAGAAAUACUAAGACAAAAGCAAUAAAGUGAAAGCAAAAAAAGGAAGAGAAAAAAUGGUUUUGCCUAACACAGGAAACCCUUGUAACGGUUCAUUUGACGUUAGUCUCCAAGCGGAAAACAGCUAAACGGGGAAGUAGACUUUGGUCGAGAUUGUAUCUUCUGUUUGUUGGGCUGUUGAAAAUCAACCAUGACAAUAAUGCGCAUUUCGAAUGUAUUUCUCUUACUUUCAGGAAGUUCAUGUAAGCUCACUACUGGUACAGUAAAAUUUUAUCCAUUAAUUUUGUUUUUAGGACACUGCAGCUGAUUGGUAAAUACUUUUUCACAUCACUGACAUCAAAGUGAAGAGACCAUGUUGUGCUGAAGAUGUACUGUGACCUUUUCUUGGUUGCUGUGAAUUUAUUAGUUUUUCUGGCAGAAUACCUGUAUGGAUUUCAGAAAGACAAAGAUGUUUCUUCCCAGCUUCAUAUAUAUGGAUAUAAAGCUUUGGCUGGGGAGAAGUUUAUAAUGCAAUGCGCUUCUCCCUAUCAUUCUCAUCUGUUCAACCUGUCAGAGAGCUUGGAGAAAAGUAUCACCUGGUUGAGAUAUGAUGGUGUAGGAGUCCUUCCCAUAGAUAGCGAAAGCAUUGUACAACAAGGAAACUUUCUUAAGUUCACUAAUGUUGAAGAAAAGCAUGCUGGAGAUUAUUUAUGUUACAGUGGGAAGGAGAGGUUACAUUUCCGCUUGGAUGUGAUUCCAAGGAAUGGAACAGGCUGCAAGGAUCAUGGGGACAGUCAGGUGACAUUUAUAACAGGGAAAGGUGGUCGCAUCUCAUGUCCUGGUGUGAGUUGCUAUACUUCUCCUCCAGAGGUGGUAACGUGGUACAAGGGAGACAGAUCUGCUAAGGAUUUGUUACUGGUAGGACGAGACCUGAAGAUCACUGGCACCGUUCUUCUCCUGAAGACAGUGUACCUUUCAGAUAAAGCAGUGUUCACCUGUGAUUUUAAUUAUACGGAUGGGAUUACUUGGACUGUGCGCAGAUUAGUCGAAGUUGCUGUUGUUGCAGAGGAACGAGAGCUCCUACCCCAAAUUCUUUAUCCAUAUAAAAACUGCAUCGAAGAAGCAGAGCUUGGAAAACCGAAAAUACUGACAUGUAAGGUCCAGUUUGCAUUUCAAAGGGAAUUCAAGCCUGUGAUUAAAUGGUUAAUCAGUUACCAUAAUGGCAGUGAGGAAGAGCUGGAAAUGGAUUACUGCCAUGAGGACCAUAAAAGCUUUGGAGAGAAGACCAUCACUCAGACUGCUCGCCUUCAGCAGGUGAACAUAAGGCACCUAGCUGCUUCCUUCACCUGCUUUGCUCAGAAUUCCAGAGGCAAUGUAACCUCUACACUGAGACUGACAAGAAGGCCUGAAGCACUUCAACGCCUGGAGGUCAUUAUUGCCCCAGUUGUGGUCCUGAUACUUGUGACUGGGGCCAGUGUUGUGGUGCAGCUGUACCGAAUGGAGAUCUUCCUGCUCUGCAGAGCGUAUCUACCUUUUCAAGUAUCCACAGCAGCUGGAAAGGAGUUUGAUGCCUUUGUAUCAUAUACAAUGAGUUCAUCAUUAGAGGAGGAAGUGGGUGAUGUGACAGGAGAGGCUUUGGGACUUUGCUACCUGCCAAGGGUUCUGGAGCAGCAGUGGGAAUACAAGCUCUGUCUACUUGAGAGAGACCUGGACCCUGGUGGAUCAUACACAGAGGAAGUGGUGCGGUCCAUUCAGAGGAGCCAGAGGGUCAUCUGCCUGCUGAAUGCCAGCUACCUCAUGAGUCCAUGCCUAUUUGAACUGGAGACAGCGCUGAAGACCCUGCAAGCAGAUGUCCAUCUUAAGGUGAUCCUAGUUUGGAUCAGCACCCCUCCAGCGCACCUGCGCUCUCUCCCACUGCCGCGCUUGGUAAGGGCAGCUCUUCGCGUCCUGCCAACACUCCAUUGGAGCCCUGCAGAUUCCACAUGCUCUGAGACCAGGUUCUGGAAGGUGCUCAGGGUAGCAAUGCCAAAGACUAAAGUUCUCCACUGUACUUCCUCAACCAGCGGACAUAGCUGAAUGUCAAUGGCAGCCUUUAUUCAUUUAUGUAUUAAUUAAUUAAUUUUUUUAAACUUUUUUUUAGGAAGCUAUCAAAGUGCAUAUCUGUUCAUAUGUACAUCACUGUUCUUUUCAUUUUUCUGAGAUAACUUGAAUUACAGUUACUAUUUAUUGACAUCCCAGUGAAAAGCUACCUCCUUCCAGUUCUUUUAAUUUAUUGAGUUGCUUGGCACUGUUUACCGGCAGGAAUUGUUGCUUAAUGUGACCAUUAAUUUUAAGUACCUUUUAUAAGGGACUAAAUGUUCUUGCUCAGAACUUUCCGGGGAAAUCCAGUUCCUCAAUUAACCACUGCACAUCCACCCAAAUUGACAAUUUUUCUUUUUUUCUUAUUAUUUUAAAUGCAUAUUCUGCAUUUUCCAUUAGUUCCAAUUGCUGUAAAUUAUUUCAGUAGAAAAACUGAAUCUUCAGCAGAAAAGAGGUUUCAAAAUGCAGAGAGCACAAAGUUUAUGACUGAUUGCCAAACCUGUACUUGAAUGUUUUUAAAUGUCUUGAAAUUAAAACAUAUCAACACAUUCAUAAUUUGCCAGUUUCAGUAUUUU